AUGGAUAGAUACGUAAUUAGAGAGAGAAGAGCGGAAUCAGAAUAUCCCCCGGGAAAUCAAAUGAUUGCGUUUUCACCAACUAGCACAGGAGGAAAUAAUAUUACUAUGUAUAAUAGUCACCAAUACCCGAGUGCUCAAUGUAUGAGCGGCAACUACGUGCAUCCGCAAAUGACUGCUCCAAUAAGCACGUUCGGAAAUCAAAGUAACGUAGGAGUUGUAUCGGGCAUCGAUCCCCGAUAUUUGGCUACGUUUAAGGAUAAUAAUGCAACAUUUAUAGCAGGAAUAUCUGGGAAACAGAUGCAAAUGGAGCCGAAUUCAAUUCCAAUGAAUGCGACGUUCGGUAGCGAUUAUCAGAAUCGCAGUUUCAUCGGCGCUCAAAAGUUCGAAAAUAAAGCUUAUCUACACAGGCCUUCCAGCUGUUUGUCAUAUCCUGAAGUGCCUCGCUAUAAACCUCAGAUGAAUCAGGGUAGUAAUGAUGCAAUUACAGAUAAUAUCCGACAUUCAUUUCAAAGUAAAUCCAAUCCUGAUCUGAAGAAACAAGCGUCGGUUAAUAUAAUCAAAGAUGACAAUAAAGUUCAAGUUAAGACGCGAUCUGACAAACUAAAGGAAUUGAAUAAAAGUGGUCCAAGGGCUUUCUCUGGUCCUGUGGAGAAGAUUUUAAAAUGGCACAAGAAAUUACAAGACAUUGGUGUAUUAGUGCUGUAUGAAAUAGUUGCCAAGUGUGUGAAUGUUCGGCCUGGCGAGUCCUGCGCAAAAACCUUGCUUGUGAGGGAUGAAAAUGGUCCCGCGAUGCAAGUCGUUUAUUAUGAAAUAGAUUUCCUCAUGCCCGAACUGAAACCACCCUGUACUAUCCGCAUCGUAGGUCGAAUGGUCGCAGGCACAAAUCGCUUUCAAGCUUUUAAUGUCCGCCUUGCGACUGGCGACGACAUAGCGACUUUGCCGCGUCGUGCCGCAGUCGCAGCGCAUCACGUGGCAAAAUUAUGCAAAGAUUUUGGGGAAAAUAAAUAA